AUGCUGGUGAUGACAUUUGGAAGCGCAUGCUCGCCUUGCACGGCCCAGUAUGUCAAAAAUAUUAACGCACUUGAGUACCGCGAAAGCUGUCCAAGAGCCUACGACUCUAUCACAAAGCAUCACUAUGUUGAUGACUUCGUGGAUAGUUUCGACAACGUUAAAGAAGCCAUUGAAGUAGCCAAUGAAGUCAGACGUAUUCACAAGAAUGCCGGGUUUGAACUACGCAACUUUUCUUCGAAUUCCCUAGAAGCCAAAAUCGCACUGAAUGGUUAUAAACCGGAACAACUGACAAAUAGCCUAGUCACAUUAGCAGUAGAACGCGUUCAUGGAAUGUAUUGGCAACCAAGUAGCGACGUAUUUAGUUACACACUCAAAUUUAACAACGUGGACGCUGAAGUCAUCAGUGGACACAAACGACCGUCGAAAAGAGAGCUACUAAGCAUAGUCAUGUCAGUAUUUGAUCCGCUUGGGUUUUUAUCCAAAUUUAUGGUCAACGCAAAAUUGUUGGUGCGCGAAUCGUGGCGUUACGAAUUGCGGUGGGAUGAGCCUCUGCCUGAACCUAUAUGUAAAGAGUGGGACAAGUGGCGCCGUCAGUUGAAAAAUGUAUUGAAUUUUCGAGUCCCUCGCCGCUAUUUUGCCCGUGGACCACCUGCCGAAGUGCAACUUUACAUCUUCGUAGAUGCCAGUGAGGAUGUAUUUGCAGCCGUAGCCUACUGGAGAGCAACAUAUUCAGAUAACAAAGUUUGCGUCGUACUCGUAUGUGCCAAAACGAGGUGUGCUCCACUGAAACCAAUGACUAUUUCACGCCUUGAAUUGCAGGCAGCCGUCUUAGGAACUCGACUGCUAGAGACUAUCGUCAAAGAUCAUUCAGUUGCAAUCAAAAAACGCGUGAUGUGGAGCGAUUCCAAAACGGUUCUGAGUUGGAUUAAAUCGGGAACACGUCGCUACAAGCCAUUCGUAGCACAUCGUGUGGCAGAAAUUCUCGCCGCUACCGAUGCUAACGACUGGCGUUGGAUACCGUCAGAGGAGAACGUUGCUGAUGAGGCGACAAGACCAAGUACGACAUUCGACAGUCAUCCGGCUUCACGAUGGCUAAAUGGACCGUCAUUUUUAACGGAAGAAGAAGAAGCCUGGCCUACAUUUGAAGGAAUCUCUGAUCUGUUAGAAGAGUGUGAAGAGCUUCGCCCGAAAUUUGUAAUGUUAGCCACGCCGUCAUGUGUUAUAGAUAUGACAAGAUUCUCAAGUUUAACUAAGCUAAAGCGAACGGUCGCCUGGGUCAUCCGAUUUAUAGAUUUGUGUCGUCACAAGAAAGUGGAAGGGUGCCUGACCGCCGAGGAAUUAAAAGUAGCCGAAAUUUUCUUAUGCCGCCUUGCCCAGUCUGCCUCGUACUCACUUAAGAUUAAUCAAUUGAAAGAAGGUGGAAAUGUAGUGAAGGGGUCUGAGUUAUACACACUCUCCCCGUUUAUCGACACAGAAGGUGUUAUGCGUGUUAGCGGACGUAUCGAUGCUGCCAGCUGGCUUCCGUAUGAUACCACGCGACCUACUAUCCUAGCACCAAAUCAUGAUCUCACUCGCUUGAUCUUACUGGACUGUCAUAAUCGGAUGAAACAUCAGAACAUGGAGGCGACGAUAUGUGAGGUUCGGCAAAGAUACUGGGUGCCGAACAUAAGACGUGCUAUAAAGAAGAUCAUAUCGACAUGUCUUAUUUGUAAAAUUUCCAAGUGCAUACCCUCACAGCCUGUGAUGGGUCAAUUACCAAAGGAUCGACUAACGCCGUUCGUGAGGCCAUUUUCUUACACAGGUAUUGAUUACUUUGGUCCUCUCAACGUAACGGUUGGUCGGCGUAAGGAGAAAAGAUGGGUGGCGUUGAUCACUUGUCUAACAACGCGAGCGAUUCACCUGGAAGUUGCUGCCGAUCUUUCGACUGAUGCAUGCAUUCUUGUAAUUCGAAACUUUAUCAAUCGUCGCGGUUUGCCAGUAAGGAUUCGUAGCGACAACGGUAAGAAUUUCGUGGGAGCCAACAAUGAAGGAAAACGAUUUUCCGAGGUAUUUGAUUGUCAUCGCAUUCAGGACGAUCUUGCUGUGAAAGGAAUCGAAUGGAUAUUCAAUUGUCCGAACAAUCCUGCAGAAGGUGGCAUAUGGGAGCGUAUGGUAAGGUGUGUAAAGCGUGUCCUCAAUGUAACUUUAAAGGAAGUUGCACCUCGCGAGCACACGCUACAGAGCUUGUUAAUUGAAGCCGAGAACAUCGUCAACUCCAGGCCACUUACACAUUUGCCGCUGUCAUCAGAUCAGGAUGAACCGCUCACUCCGAAUCAUUUCUUGCUUGGUUCUGCCAAUACUUCGCAAACGCCAGCCGUCAAUGAUGUCGUCACGAAACCCUGCGCGCUUGGUAAACAGUGGCGCAUUGCGCGACAGUUGAGAGACACGUUCUGGAGACGAUGGAUUCUUGAGUAUUUGCCAACACUUACGCGUCGAAUGAAGUGGUGUGAAAGACCAAAACCAAUUCAGGUUGGUGAUCUAGUAUUUGUAUGCGACGUUAACAUGCCGCGGAAGCAAUGGUGCCGUGGUCGGGUAGAAGCGGUACAGCGUGGAUCUGAUGGCGUUAUCAGGAGAGCCGAUGUACGCACCAGCAGUGGAAUCCUUCGUCGCCCCGUGUCAAAGUUAGCCGUUUUAGACGUGGAGUAA